CUGCAACUCAAGGAAGCUCUUUUCCAGAAAAUAUAUCAAUUGAGAUGCGAGUCGUUUCAUACUGAAUACAAAGUUUCACAACCAAGGAUGAAAACCACUGGUGACUGGACAUCAAAUGCAAAAACGUUUUGUGUAAUAUUGAAAGCAAAGUGUAUGACAGAUUACUUUCAUUUUUUCAGAAUUACAGAUUCUUACACAUCGCGAUGAAGCCCGACAGAAGAUCGACAACAAAAAAUUUUGAACUGUUCAACUCGUUCAAAAGUGAUUUUGAACAACGAAAUCUAGUAAAAUCAAUGAGUGACAUCGACCACGCCAUUUUUAAGAGUGAAAUCGACAAAGUUAUAAAUAACAAGAGAAAAAGAAACGAUAUUGGGAACAUCGGAAAGUCUAAAGAAUCAAAGCCAGAGAGAAUGAGUAAAACAGAUCAAUUAAAGAGUAAAAAUAACUGCGAAGAUCCAAAAAUAAUCCAUGAAGAUUACACAGUAGCUUUGGAGAAUGAACAUUCGGAAAAACUGAACGAAAAGAUUGACUCGAAUAUACUUCCACAGCUAAUGAAAAAGGAUAUCGACGGAGACACCCCACUACACCUCCUCAUCGUGCAUAAGGAAACAGAAAAAAGCAAAUCAGUGAUUCGACUUCUCACAGGAAAAACGGACAUACCAAACAAAUUGCGACAGACGCCUUUGCACCUCUCUGUCCUAACAUGUCAACCAAGUCUAGUUACUUUUCUAAUUUUCCACGGCGCGAGCGUUAAUAUUGUGGACAGAAACGGUCAAACAGCGAUGCAUCUAGCUGUAAAGAAUGCUGAUGUCGAAUGCGUAGAGGCGAUCAAACAAGCGACUGCAUCACAAAGAUAUUCUCCAUACUAUGUUCAGGAAAGACCCGACUUGAAAUUGAAAAACUUCAAAGGUGAAACCGUUUUUCACUUGGCAGUUCGAUCAGGAAGUCAGAAAAUCAGCAAGAUAAUAUUGGACAUGGGUGCGGACAUAGAUAUCAAGGAUGGAACGUGCGGCCGGACAGGACUACAUCUCGCUGUGGAGUCACAUAAUAUCAACAUGAUUAGUUUCCUUCUAAAGAAUGGCGCAAAUAUCGAUGCAGUUACAUUCGCCGGAAACACCGCACUGCAUUUGGCCAGCGGUCAUCACAUGGACCAGGUGGUAGAGCUUCUGGUGGGGAAUGGAGCGAAUGCAAAAAUCAAAAAUUGCGAAGGAGACUUUGCAUUAUAUCCCAGGGUUAUACAAAGUUGGCAUUUGAUGAAAAGAAAAAAUGAAAAAGACACUUUGAAACGGAGGAACUGAAUUCACCCCUUUUUCCUAAUUCAAACUAUAAAUCAUUUUAUUGAUAUGCAAGUAUAGAAUAUUUGCCAUUGUUUAAAUUUUAUUUAUUUAAUUGCACAUGUAAAAAACUUACUUUAAAUUCAUGAAUAGUUCAGUUCUGUUAUUUAAAUUGCAACCCGACAACGUUA